AUGAGUGCUAACACCCUCCAGGAUGCCAAGCAGAGUGACAGCAAAACCACAGAAAGUGGGACAGAAGUCUGUUCCCAGUUCUCCAAAGGAGUCUAUGCCAUCUUUGGGUUUUAUGAACGUAGGACUGUCAACAUGCUGACCUCCUUCUGUGGAGCCCUCCAUGUCUGCUUCAUUACACCGAGCUUUCCCGUUGACACAUCCAAUCAGUUUGUCCUUCAGCUGCGCCCUGAACUGCAGGAUGCCCUCAUCAGCAUCAUUGACCAUUACAAGUGGCAGAAAUUUGUCUACAUUUACGAUGCCGACCGGGGCUUGUCCGUCCUGCAGAAAGUCCUGGACACAGCUGCUGAAAAGAACUGGCAGGUGACAGCAGUCAACAUUUUGACAACCACGGAGGAGGGAUACCGGAUGCUCUUUCAGGACCUGGAGAAGAAAAAGGAGCGGCUGGUGGUGGUUGACUGUGAAUCGGAGCGCCUCAAUGCUAUCCUGGGCCAGAUUAUAAAGCUGGAGAAGAAUGGCAUUGGUUACCACUACAUCCUUGCAAAUCUG